AAUCACUGGAAUCUCUUUAAAUCUCAUUUACGAAAAGAGCUCAACGAAGAGUGAUAUUAUAGUAAAAAAAAUUGCAAAAAUGUCUUUCGAACAGUCAUUUAAUGGAAAAUCUGUGCUUAUUACUGGAGCAGGAAAGGGCAUUGGGAGAGCCCUUGCUCUCAAACUGUCUCAAAUCGGUGCUAAAGUAUUCGCCCUCUCAAGAACAGAAUCUGACCUCCAAUCCUUAGUCAACGAGAGUCCCUCCAUUAUUCCCAUAUCGGUCGACUUGCAGGAUUGGGACGCUACGAAGAAAGCCGUACAAUCCUGCGGAGUUUUGGACGUUGUCCUCAACGUCGCCGGGGUAGGUCACGAAGAGCCAUUUUUGGAAAUUACGCCAACAAUAUUUGACGAGAUAAUAAAUAUAAAUCUAAAAGCCGUCGUUAACGUGUCUCAAACCGCUGCUCAAGGAAUGAUUAAAGCCGGACGAGGAGGCAGCAUAGUCAACAUUUCGUCACGGAUGGCCCACCGAGCCUUCAAGGACUGCAGCAUCUACUCCACUUCUAAAGCUGCCGUUGACCAGUUAACAAAAUCCAUGUGUCUCGAACUUGGCCAACAUUCUAUUCGUGUCAAUUCCAUUAAUUUGGGCGGUGUUUGGACUCCCAUGUGGGCCACGACUUUCACUUCCGGUGGAUCUGGGAGGCAAAAUUAUGAUGAAUAUGCGGCCCGAGUGGUGCAAAGGAUACCGGCAGGGAAGCCAUUUAUUCCGAUGGAAGAUGUCGUCAAUACCGUAUUAUUUACUGCUUCAGACUGUACUUCCAUGCUCACCGGGGCCAAUAUAGCACUGGAUGGUGGUUACACGGUGACAUAAUAUAUUUAGUACACGAUCUUAAAUUUGUGAAUAUUUGAGCCCCACUUAAAAAAAUAAGAGUUUUUAAAAUGUUUAUGACUUUACGUUUAUGAUACUCAAAAUCGAUAACAGUAUGAAUAAAAUAAGCAAUUUGGUGCAGCGAUAAAAA